AUGUCCAUCAUCUAUGCCCUUGUCGCCAGAGGAAGCGUUAUCCUCACCGAAUACACAAACUCGUCUGGCAACUUCACCACCGUGACUGAAGCCAUCUUGGAAAAGAUCCCUCCCAACAACUCCAAGCUGACCUACGUUUAUGACCGAUAUCUGUUCCAUUAUAUCUGUGAGGAUGGACUGACUUACAUGUGUAUGGCCGACGACUCUUUUGGCCGGCGAAUCCCCUUCGCGUUCCUGCAGGACAUCAAGGAAAAGUUCUUGGCGCAGUACGGCCGCGAACGCGCACUCGAAUCUGUGGUGCCGUAUGCUAUGAAUGAAUUCUCAAAGACCAUAGCCAAGCAGAUGGAGUAUUUUUCGACAAACCCGAAUGCUGACAGGAUUAAGCAGGUUCAGGGUGAGAUCGAGCAAGUUAAGGAUGUCAUGGUUCAAAACAUCGGUAUGACUAAAGUCCUCAAUCCUACCUCGACGUCUGAACGUGUAUUGGAACGAGGCGAGCGCAUCGAGCUACUGGUCGAUAAAACGGACAAUCUGAACCAACAGGCAUUCGCUUUCAAGAGGAGGAGCACAGCGCUCAAGAGAACCAUGUGGUGGAAGAACGUCAAGUUGAUGGUCAUUUUAGUCUUUGUCGUCAUUCGGCCUGCGGAUUCCCCUUUUGGGCGACAUGCCGUGGCGUGA